AUGUGGGGACUGAUACGGCGAUUCUCCAGCGAAGACGGACAAUUCGGACUACAACAACAGCAGCAGCAGCGGCAGCAGCAGCAGCAGGAGGAGGAGGGACAGACCAAGCAGCAGCAGACCAGGCAGGGAAAAGAUGGGAUAAACGACGUCUUCAACCCCGUCAAGAGGACGGCCAGCCCGUUCCGCCCCCCACCGCUGGAACCCAUCGUGCUAUACGGGUACAGGGACGAUACAGACGACUCGGCACGGCUGCUCAGCCAUGCGGUCGCGGAAGAGAUUCGCUCCAUGAUCCCCGAGAGGCUGCGCAUCGUCGAGGACUGGCACCUCAUCUACAGUCUCGAGCAGGAUGGAGCCAGUCUGGCCACGCUGUAUCAGAAGUGCAAGGCGUACGAGGGGUCCAGGGUCGGGUUCGUCCUUGUUGUUAGGGACCAAGAGGGAGCCACAUUUGGCGCCUAUCUAACCGAAUACCCACACCCUUCGCCGGCCUUCUUCGGAAGCGGAGAGUGCUUCCUGUGGCGGGCAUCCACGCUGGCGUCCCUGCCUCCACCGCCCUCGGCUGACACGGACAACCUCCAGCGGAACACGAUGCUCAGACCGCCCACAUCCUCCACGAACCCCCCCUCUUCUCCUACCGCCUCUGGCCAUCAGCAGCAACGACACUCCCCCUCCCCCAGCGAGACCAUCCGAUUCAAGGCUUUCCCCUACAGCGGCCUCAACGACUUCUACAUCAACUGCGAGACGGGCUUCCUGAGCGUCGGGUCCGGCGGUGGACACUACGGCCUCUGGCUGGACGACUCGCUCGGCCUCGGCCAUUCUUCCCGCUGCGAGACGUUUGGUAAUGAGCCGCUUAGUGAUGAGGGGGAGAAGUUUGACAUCAUCGGGGUUGAGCUUUGGGUCAUGGGCACGUGA